UAUUUUGCUACCUUGCUAAUUAUUAUUACUUCUGUAUAAUUUAUCAUAAUAUUUAAACAUUGGUGCUGGAUUUUCACAUUUUAAAGUAUAUGUAUUGCGACAAAUCUUUACAUAAUUUUUUAGAGGUCAUUUCAGAAUCAAAUUAGUCUUAAAAUGCCGCUGUUUAUCUUAUCUUUUUCGUAGAUUGUGUACACUGAAUGAGUGUCUAUAGAUCUAUCUGUUUUUUGAGCACAACUAAAAACUUGAGGAAAAUGAGUAUUGAUAUUGGAGCAUAAUUGUUUAGGUAUGAGAAUUAGAUACAAGGAUAAAGAUGAAACAUUUUUGGAAAAGCAUUUAGUAUCUAAGGAGCCAUUUGGACAGUUUAAAGCAUGGUUUGAAGAAGCCUGUACUAGAAAAGAAAUUCUAGAACCAAAUGCAAUGUGUUUAGCAACUGCUACUAAAGAUUGCUUCCCAUCAGCAAGGUUUGUGUUGUGCAAAGGAUAUGGCAAGGAUGGUUUCAAGUUUUUUACAAAUCAUGGAAGUAGAAAAGCUAAGGAAAUGGAAGAAAAUCCAAAUGUAGCUGCAACAUUUUACUGGGAAGUUCUUAAUAGAUCUGUGAGAAUUGAAGGCCAUGUUGAAAAGUUGUCUGAAGAGGAAUCUACAACAUAUUUCCAUUCACGGCCUGUGCCUAGUCAGAUUGCAGCCUGUACUAGCUAUCAGAGUACUCCCAUUGAGUCAAGAGAUAUUCUUUGUGAGAGAGAAAGUAUACUGGAGGCAAAAUAUAUGAUUCCUAAUCAAGAAGUUCCAAAACCAGAGUUUUGGGGUGGUUACAUAAUACGUCCAAGAGCUGUUGAGUUUUGGCAAGGUCAAAGAGAUCGCCUUCAUGAUAGAAUUAAAUUUAGAAAGCCAAAAAAUGAUGAAGUGCCUGAUAACAAGAUUUUGCAUGAAGGAGAAGAUGGUUGGGUUUAUGAAAGACUUUCACCUUAAAUAUUUAUGAAUAAUGUAUCAUGCUUUUAGAUACUUACACACCUUUUUUACUCAAUAGAUACCAUUGAGUAAGAGGUGUGUACCUGUUUAAAAACAGGUUACUGUUUAAGUGUAAGAAUAAAAAAUAUUGUCUUCCAUUUUUUAUAGAGAACUAUGUUUCAAUUGAUGUUUUAAUAUAAACAAAAAUUAAUUUAAA